CGCUCACGUGUGUUUCUUAGGAACGUUUUACAGGUUAUCGCUACAUACGUGACAUUAGGAUGCAACAUACAUUUUGUUGCGGCUCCUGUUAUCAUGGCUGAUGCGUUCAGUAGCAGCUCGGAAAUUGUAAUUCAGCGAGUGUCGGAGGUGAAAGUGAAGAAAAACACCCCGCAGGAAGAUCUUGAAGAGCUGUAUCAGAUUAAAAAGACUUGCGAGUUCAUUCGAGAGCGUAACUUUGGAAAGGUUGCUCUGCAGUUCCCUGAUGAGCUGCUGGUUGAUUCAGUGGCAGUAGCUGAAGAGAUUGAGAGAAACAGUCAAGCCAAGAUAUAUAUUUUAGGAGACACGUCUUACGGCAGCUGCUGUGUGGAUGAAGUCGCAGCCGAACACGUUGGCGCUGAUUGUGUUGUACACUACGGCGGCGCCUGCCUCAGCCUCUCCAGAAGACUUCCUGUGAGGUACGUCUUCGAGAGAAGACCGCUGGACGUGGAACUCUGCGCUGCCUCCUUCAGAGAUCUUCACCCCGACGCUCAAGCGCUCGUCAUCCUCCUCUACGACGUCAACUAUUGUCACGCUGUUGAUGAUCUUCUGGCGCGUCUCUCGGCAGAUUAUCCGAACCUCGUGGCCUCGGAGCUCGUUGUGGAAGGGGAGCAGAGCCUCGCUCAUGGAUUAAAACAAACCGAUGACCCCGGCCUCUCAGAAAACCACCGGCUGAUCCGUCAGUUCGGACGGCAUUUCUCCCUGAAAAGUGGAACAAGCCUAACGGAUUACCGGAUGUUCUAUAUUGGCCAGGAGGGGGCGACCUUACGGAACUUCAUGAUGACGUGGAACCGCUGCUCGUUCUGCUCUUUUGAUCCCGUGUCGUCGACGGGGAGGAUGGAGUCUGUAAACGUCAACCGCGCUCUGAUGAAGCGGUACUACGCCAUAGAACGGGCCAAAGACGCCGGCGUGGUGGGCAUCCUGGUGGGCACGCUGGGCGUGGCCGACUACCUCGCCGUCAUUCAGCAGCUGAAGGAGACGAUCCACCGGGCCGGGAAGAGGAGCUACGUGUUCGCCAUGGGGAAGCUGAACGUGCCGAAGCUCGCCAACUUCCUGGAGAUCGACGUGUUCGUGCUCGUGGCGUGUCCCGAGAACUCGCUGCUGGACUCGGGGGAGUUCUUCAAACCCGUGGUGACGCCGUUCGAGAUGGAGGUGGCCUGCAACAGGAAGAGGGAGUGGUCCGAAGAGUACGUCACGGACUUUCGACACCUCCUGCCAGGCGGUCGGAGUCACGUUCCUUUGUCUGAUGAGCAGAAUGACGAUGAGACGGAUGUUUCUUUGAUCACUGGAGCUCUGCGAAGCCAGAACCUGAACCGUGACCCUGCAGAGAACUCAUCAGGAUCCUCCGUGGUCCUCAGGAACCAGACUCUGACUGUAGCCAACACAAACUCAGCAGCCUCCUUCCUAGCGGCUCGGAGCUGGCGGGGCCUGGAGCAGAAACUGGGGGAGACGCCGGUCGUGAAGGCGGUGGAGGGCAGGAGAGGCAUCGCCAUCGCCUACGAGGAAGAAGGAGCAUCGUGAUAAUUCAUCAGAUUAUUUAAAACUGCAUCUAAAA